AUGAAUAGAUACUUUCAACGAAAAAGGAACGUAGAUAGUGUUGAUGAGGGGGCAUCGAAUAAUGUGGAUGUUGAUGAGGGGGCAUCGAAUAAUGUGGAGUUUGAUGUCACAAAACUUCCAACUGAUCCUGGUCUAAGGAUACCAAUUUUGGAUUACAAUGCUAACAUCCGAGAUGAAGUUCGAAGAGCAUAUAUGUUAAAGGGUCCUUGUCAGCCCCAAGAUCAUGACUUUCCAAAACGACAAUUUGGAGUAACAAUUAGACGAUUCAAUCCUUCGUGGUUUAAAGAGUUCGGUAGUUGGUUGGAGUACAGUGUAGAGAAGGAUGCUGCUUAUUGUUUGUAUAGUUAUCUUUUCAGAACAAGUUCUGGAAAGCAAGGUGGAGGGCACUCAUUUCGAGGUCAUGAUGAAUCUGAGGAUUCUUCCAAUCCAGGUAACUUCUUAGUGCAAUUGCAAUUUUUGGCUGCUCAUAAUGAAGCUUUCAAUGCCAUCACAUUGGGAAAUGCUCCUCACAAUUGCAAAUUGACAUCACCUGAUGUUCAAAAGGACAUAGUAAAUGCUUGUGCUAUUGAAACAAUCAAUGUUAUUAUCAAAGAUGUUGGCGAGUCACUAUUUUCUAUUCUAGUUGAUGAAUCUUGUGAUGUGUCAAUGAAGGAGCAAAUGUCUAUUGUUUUACGUUAUGUAGACAAUGGUGGGCAUGUCAAUGAACGCUUCAUAGGGAUUGAACAUGUUACAAGUACCACGGCUCUAUCACUUAAGGCUGCAAUUGAUAAGGUAUUUUUUAGAUAUAACUUGAGUAUGUCUAGAUUGAGAGGACAAGGUUAUGAUGGAGCAAGUAAUAUGCAAGGUAAGUUUAAUGGUCUGAAAACACUUAUUUUGAAGGAGAGUCCAUGUGCCUUUUACAUUCACUGUUUUGCUCAUCAACUCCAACUUGCGCUUGUGGCUGUGGCAAAGAAGAACAUCCCUAUUACUAAUUUCUUUCGUGUGGUUGGGAACGUGAUAAAUACUGUUGGAGCAUCUUCCAAGCGUUGUGAUCUUCUUCGAGAAAAACAAUUAGACUUUAUUGUUGAGGCAUUGGAAAAAGGUGAGAUUUUAAGUGGACGGGGACUAAAUCAAGAAACGACCCUUCAGCGCUCUGGUGAUACACGAUGGAGUUCACAUUAUAAUUCUUUGGUCAGCUUGCUUGCCAUGUUCUCUUCUGUUUUAGAUGUACUUGCAAUGAUUGUUGAAGAUGAAUCUUGUUCUUGUAAUCAAAGAUCUGAUGCAACAAAUUUAUUGGAGUUGAUACAAAGAUUUGAUUUUGCAUUUAAUCUACAGUUGAUGAAAAGUGUGUUGGCGAUGUCAAAUGAACUGUCAAAGGCAUUGCAAAGAAAAGAUCAAGAUAUUGUGAAUGCAAUGCAAUUGGUGAGAUUGUGCAAACGAAGACUCUAA